AUGGGAAGGGUCCGCAACCUAGUCAUUGCUAGAAUCACAUACGACCAUUUAAGUAGCCUCAUAACACACUUUGUUGCAUAUUUGCACAACCUAAAUACCGAAGAGGACAGACAAAGGUUACUACAGGAACGCUGGGAAAUUUUUCUGCUUGAGUGGUUUCCAAUUAGAGAAGGCUACGAUAUCUCAGUCAUGAGAGACUCCGAAACCUACGGUAUGCAAAUUGACAUAGUCACAGUAACACAUGAGAUUUCCCAUUUGACGUUCCAUAUUGUUGCUGGCGAAUUUGAUAGUCAGCAUCGUGAUCCUCAACUGCAUUUCUUGGAAGACAGAGUACGCCUGAUUAUACCACCGAUCACUAGCCGCUCAGGCUUUCGAACCUAUUAUCCCUGGGGAGCAACUUUGGUCGACAAUACAAUGACGUUCUACCGAAGAUAUGGCAAUGAUAACUACCUGUCGGAUGAGAGCUUCGAAGGCGAGAGGUCGUCUGAUAUCAGUGACCUAGAAACGCCAAUGGAAAUGAUAAUGGGAGACUUCGAGUCAACAAUGAACUCUGCCUUUCCCACUUUGGCUGAUCUUAUAACCGACUCUUCACCAAGCCCACAUGUUAACGGUGCUAGUAACAGUGAUGAAAAUGGCACUGGUUCAUGGCCAUCCGUGGACACAAUACCAUUAGCCGAGUUUAACAACCGGUCAGAAGCUACACGAACAAACGGUGAAUUCUACUAUCAUUACAAUUCAUCAGAAAGUUCUGAAGAAAAGUAA